AUGGGAAAGAGACGGCGCAGCGCCAUUUUGAUUGGAGUAUUUCCUCUCAUUUUCACUCUCUGUCACCCCCCUAUAUACCCAGAUUUCCUCUCUGUCACCCCUAUACCCAGUAUUUCCUCUCACUUUUCACUCUCUGUCACCCCCAUAUGCCCAGUAUUUCCUCUCCUUUCCUCUCUGUCACCCCCCCCCCCCUAUUUCCUCUCAUUUUCACUCUCUGUCACCCCCUAUAUACCCAGUAUUUCCUCUCAUUUUCACUCUGUCACCCCCUAUAUACCCAGUAUUUCCUCUCAUUUUCACUCUCUGUCACCCCCUAUAUACCCAGUAUUUCCUCUCAUUUUCACUCUCUGUCCCCCCCAUAUACCCAGUAUUUCCUCUCAUUUUCACUCUCUGUAUUUUCUCUCUGUCACCCCCCCCCAUAUACCCAGUAUUUCCUCUCAUUUUCACUCUCUGUCACCCCCCUAUAUACCCAGUAUUUCCUCUCAUUUUCACUCUCUGUCACCCCCCUAUAUACCCAGUAUUUCCUCUCAUUUUCUCUCUGUCACCCCCUAUAUACCCAGUAUUUCCUCUCAUUUCACUCUCUGUCACCCCCUAUAUACCCAGUAUUUCCUCUCAUUUUCACUCUCUGUCACCCCCCUAUAUACCCAGUAUUUCCUCUCAUUUUCACUCUCUGUCACCCCCUAUACCCAGUAUUUCCUCAUUUUCACUCUCUGUCACCUCCCUAUAUACCCAGUAUUUCCUCUCAUUUUCACUCUCUGUCACCCCCCUAUAUACCCAGUAUUUCCUCUCAUUUUCACUCUCUGUCACCCCCCUAUAUACCCAGUAUUUCCUCUCAUUUCACUCUCUGUCACCCCCCCUAUGCCCAGUAUUUCCUCUCAUUUCACUCUCUGUCACCCCCCUAUAUACCCAGUAUUUCCUCUCAUUUUCACUCUCUGUCACCCCCCUAUAUACCCAGUAUUUCCUCUCAUUUUCACUCUCUGUCACCUCCCUAUAUACCCAGUAUUUCCUCUCAUUUUCACUCUCUGUCACCCCCCUAUAUACCCAGUAUUUCCUCUCAUUUUCACUCUCUGUCACCCCCCUAUAUACCCAGUAUUUCCUCUCAUUUUCACUCUCUGUCACCCCCCUAUAUACCCAGUAUUUCCUCUCAUUUUCACUCUCUGUCACCCCCCUAUAUACCCAGUAUUUCCUCUCAUUUCACUCUCUGUCACCUCCCUAUAUACCCAGUAUUUCCUCUCAUUUUCACUCUCUGUCACCCCCUAUAUACCCAGUAUUUCCUCUCAUUUCACUCUCUGUCACCCCCCUAUAUACCCAGUAUUUCCUCUCAUUUUCACUCUCUGUCACCCCCUAUAUACCCAGUAUUUCCUCUCAUUUUCACUCUCUGUCACCCCCCCUAUAUACCCAGUAUUUCCUCUCAUUUUCACUCUCUGUCACCCCCUAUAUACCCAGUAUUUCCUCUCACUUUCACUCUCUGUCACCCCCCUAUAUACCCAGUAUUUCCUCUCAUUUUCACUCUCUGUCACCCCCUAUAUACCCAGUAUUUCCUCUCAUUUUCACUCUCUGUCACCCCCCUAUAUACCCAGUAUUUCCUCUCAUUUUCACUCUCUGUCACCCUCCUAUAUACCCAGUAUUUCCUCUCAUUUUCACUUUUCUGUCACCCCCCUAUAUACCCAGUAUUUCCUCUCAUUUUCACUCUCUGUCACCCCCCAGCUAUAUACCCAGUAUUUCCUCUCAUUUUCACUCUCUGUCACCCCCCUAUAUACCCAGUAUUUCCUCUCAUUUUCACUCUCUGUCACCCCCUAUAUACCCAGUAUUUCCUCUCAUUUUCACUCUCUGUCACCUCCCUAUAUACCCAGUAUUUCCUCUCAUUUUCUCUCUCUGUCACCCCCCUAUAUACCCAGUAUUUCCUCUCAUUUUCACUCUCUGUCACCCCCCUAUACCCAGUAUUUCCUCUCAUUUUCACUCUCUGUCACCCCCUAUAUACCCAGUAUUUCCUCUCAUUUUCACUCUCUGUCACCUCCUAUAUACCCAGUAUUUCCUCUCAUUUUCACUCUCUGUCACCCUCCUAUAUACCCAGUAUUUCCUCUCAUUUCACUCUCUGUCACCCCCCCUAUAUACCCAGUAUUUCCUCUCAUUUCACUCUCUGUCACCCCCCUAUAUACCCAGUAUUUCCUCUCAUUUUCACUCUCUGUCACCCCCUAUAUACCCAGUUUUCCUCUCAUUUUCACUCUCUGUCACCCCCCUAUAUACCCAGUAUUUCCUCUCAUUUUCACUCUCUGUCACCCCCCUAUAUACCCAGUAUUUCCUCUCAUUUUCACUCUGUCACCCUCCUAUAUACCCAGUAUUUCCUCUCAUUUUUCACUCUCUGUCACCUCCCCUAUAUACAGUAUUUCCUCUCAUUUCACUCUCUGUCACCCUCCUAUAUACCCAGUAUUUCCUCUCAUUUCACUCUCUGUCACCCCCCCUAUACCCAGUAUUUCCUCUCAUUUUCACUCUCUGUCACCCCCUAUAUGCCCAGUAUUUCCUCUCAUUUUCACUCUCUGUCACCCCCCCAUAUAUACCUCAGUAUUUCCUCUCAUUUCACUCUCUGUCACCCCCCUAUAUACCCAGUAUUUCCUCUCAUUUUCACUCUCUGUCACCCCCCUAUAUACCCAGUAUUUCCUCUCAUUUUCACUCUCUGUCACCCCCCCCUAUACCCAGUAUUUCCUCUCAUUUUCACUCUGUCACCCCCCCCUAUAUACCCAGUAUUUCCUCUCAUUUUCACUCUCUGUCACCCCCUAUAUACCCAGUAUUUCCUCUCAUUUUCACUCUCUGUCACCCCCUAUAUACCCAGUAUUUCCUCUCAUUUUCACUCUCUGUCACCCCCCUAUAUACCCAGUAUUUCCUCUCAUUUUCACUCUCUGUCACCCCCCAUAUUUCCCUCAUUUCCUCUCAUUUUAUACCCACUCUCUGUCACCCCCCCCCCUACCCAGUAUUUCCUCUCAUUUUCACUCUCUGUCACCCCCCAUGACAAUCUAA